AUGAGGUCGAGCUCAUGGUUCAUCUCUAUCUCUCCGAAUAAAAUCGAGAGGGUGGCAUAGCUCGAUUGGCGCCGACCAAGACCAGCAGGUUCCCUCGCACCGGACUCGAUCGGCCGAAGCUGUGAUUCGCGGCUUCUCACGGACGAGGAGAGCACAUCCUCGAACGUACAGCAUACGUUUGACGACUUUUUUGCCCGAUCAUACGCCUUCUCACCUCCCGUUCACCAUCAGACUAUAUCAAUACAGCCCGUGAGAGAGGUAUUCACAGGUCUCCUGAUCGAAAUCCAGUCAUUAUGCAGUCCUCGGCAUCUCAACCGCAACCUCCGACGAUUCCCAACCUGAUAUCGAUCCUCACCCAACUCCUCCCCCCGACUUACCCACUUCCAUCCGAACUCCUCUCGACACCGUUGAAGGACCGUCAACUGUACUUUCCACCACCUCGACCCAUGCACGACGCUUUCAUCUCCCUCAACCCCGGUUCCUCCGGGUCAAGCUUCUCGGGAUCGGGAUCGGGAUCGGGGUCGGAAGAUACCCUGGUCGACCCGUCUACGAAUCAGACCAGAUCGCAUGGAAACGGCGGAGAAGACGACGAGAUCACCCGUCGUCUCACCCUCAUCUCCCAAAAGUUGCGGGACUUGCAACAAUCUUCCGUGGAUAGCGUUCAGGGGGAGAAUCUGGACCCUGAAGCGCCGGGGAGGUGGGUGAGGGGGUUGUAUGGCUAUGAGGACGAGGACGAGGGGAAGGAGAAGCGGUCGGAGCUCGAAGGAGGGUCGAAGUGGAUAGGAUACCGGAGACCUGAUCAGGAGACGCUCUUGAGCCGGGUAGAUCUUCGUGGGUUGCCCGUAAGGGAAGAUCAUGGGUCGGGGGAUGAUCAUCUGGAGGUCUUGUUGUUGCAUGAACCUCAAUCCCAACCUCAACUUCAACAACAAUCUCAGCAUCAAGUCGGAUCUACAUCAGACUCGAUGGCUGGCGAAACGAUUCAGACAACGCAAGAGCUCUCACAGUCGCCCUGGAAACUGUUCGACGUCCGGGUUGUACCCAAUACCGACCAAUCCUCCUCUUCGAACAAAGCCGAACCUAACUGGACCUCAUCCCUGUCCGACCUGCUUUCGGGACAAAGCGCUUCGCAGCUCAUCAACUCGGAAAAUGAGGCUGAAGGACAAGAAGAGGGUAUGGCCGCCGAGGAUUUCUGGGGAGGAUACGAUGAUGACGACGAAGAGGAUGCUGGCAAGGGGACCGCGGGUGGACAGGCGGAGGAUGGGGAAGGUGGUGAUUUCUGGGAUGGGUACGAUGACGAAGAUGAUGAAGGUGACGACAAGAAGACCGAGGUAAACGGGGCUAUCGAGAAUUCGGGAUCUACAAAAGAGGUACCAGCAACUGUAGAUCUAAGCACUCCGACUUUGGGUUCCGCCCCUUCGUUCCCUCAAACUCAAACGCUCGAGCCUCCGGAGACCACCAAACCCGCCUCUGUGCCCCGUAUGCAAACACCAAACAUCAACCAGAUGACCGAGGACGAUUCUUAUUGGCAGCAUUACGCCUCGGUGGAAGAUGGGUUGCGGGCUAGUAAUCCACCUACACCGGGUGGGUAUGAGGCUUAUGGAGGGGGUUAUUGCGGGGCUGGAAGUGGGAGUGCGGGGAGGCAGUCCGGAUAUGGUGGGGCGAGGACGCCUGGGAUCGGAGCGGGAGGUAAGGAUUAUUGGGGUACUGGAGGGGAGACGCCUGUCGGGUGGUCUCCACCGGUUAGAGAGGCGGUCCUACCUAACAUCAGCGCUGUGGACGAAAAGGUCGAAGGAGGGAUCGUAUCAUCGUCGGCUCAACAGGCGCCGCUGUUAGACCUUAUGAACGAUUCUACCAACAUCAGCACCUCUGCCACCGCGUCCGCACUUCCGGCCACAGACCUCGCCCCUGAUCCAACCCCAACCGCUAAUGAGAACACCACGGCGACUACGAGCGACCCAGCACGCAAUCAAAGACAAGAACAUCUGCGUACGGCGCUUCGUGCGUUAAAAGGGAUGUAUGGGGGUGGAGAGGAAGAAUGGGACGAGGUCGUCCGCGAGUUUGCAUCGAGAUGAGACGGUUGCGAGAGAGGAAAUAUCGAUGGGUUAGGGCAGAUGGGCAGAUCUUCUCAGGAUUAGCAAUAAAAAUCACAACACAGAGUGGGGAACAGAUACUCAUUGGCUUUUCAUGGUCGACCUCCCGCAAUACGUGUAUCGUCGUCGUUCCAGCAUGACAGAAUAGACAAAGAAUAUUUGUAACAUCAUAUAUAUCGGGGAAUUACAACACGUCGCACAGCUACCCCUCGCAUUGUCGCAUCUAUAUGCAUCGUCAAACAUGUAAUCAAUCG